AUCUUGCGCGGUGCUGGCGUCGGGGCGUGUGCCUCUGCGGCCGCUUGGGGGCGCUCCUCCAGGCUCCAGGCUCUGCGGAGCUGUCGGUGCAGGGGGACAGCCAGAGGGUCGCUGGUCGCCGCACCAUGGUCCACCUUACAACCUUUCUCUGCAAAGCGUACCGUGGGGGCCACCUCACCAUCCGCCUUGCUUUGGGGGGCUGCACCAACCGGCCCUUUUACCGCAUUGUGGCGGCUCACAACAAGUGUCCCAGGGACGGCCGCUUCGUGGAGCAGCUGGGCUCCUACGAUCCACUGCCCAACAGUAACGGAGAAAAACUGGUUGCCCUCAACCUGGACCGGAUCCGGCAUUGGAUUGGCUGUGGGGCUCAGCUCUCUAAGCCUAUGGAGAAACUUCUGGGUCUUUCUGGCUUUUACCCCCUGCACCCGAUGAUGAUCACAAAUGCUGAGAGACUUCGGAGGAAGAGAGCUCGUGAAGUUCUCUUAGCGUCCCAGAACAAAGAAACCGAGCCUGGAGAGAGAGAAGCCAGCUGACAUCAGUGCACACAGUUGUGGCUGCAAGGCCAGGGGCCUUCACAACUCUUGCGUAGAGCUUUUUGUUGAGUUUAAGGAUCAAUAAAUGGAGUUUUCCAAG